AUGGGCUUUAAAAGAAGAACCGGAAUGAAGGAAUUGACAGCAUCACAACAAAAGGUGAUGGAUGUGCUCCAGAAGGAGAUCAUUGAGAGGUACUUUAAUCCAGCUGUUGAUGGUGAUGAGUUUGAGAUCCUUUCGACCAUUAGAUACGACCCAUGCUUCACAAAUGUCUUCCUAGAUCUUCCGAAUGGUGAGCACAGUAGCCACCUUUGUGAGAUUGACUCACGACUUCGAUUGCUUGAUUACGACCAAUGCGAAGACCUAUUCUCACAAGAACAUCCAACCACUUGCGAAAACCAAGGUUUAGAUAGCUUAUUUGAUACCAUAAGAGAAAGUUCGUCGUCUUUUGGUGAUUAUGAUGAUUCUUUAAUGUCAUUUUUAAACAGAAGUGAAGCUACAGAGAGAUCUUCACCCCCGGAAAGUAGUUGCGACCAUGCUGACUUAUACCCUGUAUUCUACAAUCGAUUCCUGCUGCUUGGAGAGCAUUAUAAGAGGCUAAAUUUCAGCUUGGAAUUUUUUAAAUGGGGAACACAUAUACCUAUGAAGCUGCUUCUAGAAAAGUUGAUUGAAGCUCUACCAGAGCACCAUGAAGUCUCUAGCAUCGAAGAGAAAAUGCCUCUGCUUCUCAAUGAAAGUGCUUCUUACAAGAUGAGGGUACUGAUAUCGAAAAGCGGGAGAAUGAGAGUAGAGGCGCAUCCAUUGGUGAGGCCUCCUAGUUAUUUUCAGUUUCCAUCGACUUCAUCCUAUUUCAUUAAUACGAUCCUUGGCGGAUUUCUGCCGAAUGCGCCAGCAGUUUGGAAUGUGUUUGUAGAUACCAAGCCAAUGACCGUAUCUCCAUUCACUACAUUCAAGACGACUUAUCGAGAUCAUUAUGGCGCAGCGAGGGAGAGACUUAACGAGAUGGCUUCCAGUUAUGGACAAAGUGCUCGAAAUGAGAUUCUUGUGUUUAAUGAUGCAUACCAAUUGAUGGAGGGAUCCAUAACAAGUGUAGCAAUUAUCAAGUACAAGGAGGAUGAUCCGAACAAGUUCAGGUUCAUUACAUCUCCUCUAGCUAGCGGUUGCCUGUGUGGAACCAUGAGAUAUUAUUUGUUGAAGCAGGGACUGAUCGACGAAUAUCCCAUAGACGUUAGAGAUUUAAAGGAGGGAGAUUCAGUUAUUUUUAUUUAA